AAUGUGCCAGACUGUUUCAUGAAGGUGGCGCGAGGCUGGUUUUGUGUGGGCCGAGCUGGGAUAAGCUUGAAUCUCUGUAUGAUUCUCUGUGCAGUGGAUCAGACCCCAGUAAAACUUUCACACCCAAGCUAGUGCUGCUGGACUUCAGCGAUAUGGAGAACAUUUCGGAUGUGAUCACAGAGAUCGGAGAGUGUUACGGCUGUGUGGAUGUGCUGAUAUGCAACAGCAGCAUGAAGGUCAAAGCACCGGUGCAGAAUCUCUCUCUGGAGAUGGACAAAACCGUCAUGGACGUCAACUACUUCGGGCCCAUAACGCUGGCCAAAGGUGUUCUUCCGUUAAUGAUCACGAGACGGACGGGUCAGUUUGUGCUGGUCAACAGCAUCCAAGGGAAACUGCUGAACACUCACGGCGUGAGUCCCAGCAGUCUGGCCCACGAGAUCGUGAGGACGGUGAACCGGCAGAAUCGAGAGGUUCUCCUCGCCCAUCCCGUGCCGUGGGUCGCCCUCUACAUCCGCUCGCUGCUGCCCAGCUUCUUCUUCGCUGUGGUGGCCGCCGGCGUGAAGGACGGAGCCAUAGCCGAGCAGAUGAAAUAA